AUGAAAAGGAAAUUUGCUAUGUCAGAUUUGGGAAAAAUGAAAUUCUUUCUUGGAGUUGAAAUGUGUCAAACUGAUGAAGGAAUCUUCAUUCACGAGAUGAAGUAUGCCUCAGAAAUCUUAGCAAAAUUUGGAAUGGAACACUGCAAUGCAGUCAGUAGUCCCAUUGUAACUGGUUGUAAGCUAGUGAAAAAUGAGGCAGGCAAAGCUAGUGAUGAAACUCACUACAAGCAAAUGGUUGGAAGUUUGAUGUAUUUGCUUGCUACUAGGCCUGACUUAGCUUACUCAGUAUGUCUUGUAGCUAGAUUCAUGGAAAGGCCAAUUGAAAUACAUAUAGCAGCAGUCAAAAGGAUUAUGAGGGGAUCUUAA